AUGAGCACCACUGGCUACUAUAUUGGCGUCGACGUCGGCACAGGAUCGGUCAGAGCUUGUCUAGUUAACAAGCAGGGUAAGACGAUCGCAUCGUCGACACAGGAUAUUCAGACCUUUCGCGAUCACACCGAUCACCGAAUCUUCGAACAGUCAACCACCGACAUAUGGUCUUGCAUAUCCAAAGUAGUCAGAAAUGUUGUACAAACGUCUGGCGUCGCACCACCUGAUAUCAAGGGUAUUGGCUUUGAUGCUACUUGCUCUCUGGCUGUCACGGACGAGGGAGGGCAGCCUGUCGUAAUCACCAACGGAUCGGAACUAGGCCGAACUGGAGAACGGAAUAUCAUUCUAUGGGCAGACCACCGAGCAGAGGCAGAGGCAGAAUUGAUCAACCAGACUGGUUCUCUCGUCCUCGAUUAUGUCGGAGGCACAAUGAGUUUAGAAAUGGAAGUGCCCAAGGUUUUAUGGCUCAAGCGCAAUAUGCCCGCCGACCUGUUCUCUCGUUGCCAAUUCUUCGACCUCCCAGAUUAUCUCACGUAUCGGGCAACUGCCCACCCGGCACGGUCAUGCUGCUCGCUGACGUGCAAGUGUUCGUAUGUUCCGGAGAAAGGGUGGCAGACCGAUUUCUUCGAGAAGGUGGGAUUAGGCGAACUAGAGGGAAAGGGAUAUAGGCAGAUUGGGGAGGCGCUCCGAUCAACCGUUCUCAACGCAGGUGUGCCAGUUGGAAACGGAUUGACGAAGGAAGCCGCUGAUGAUCUUUGGCUUGUGGAGGGUACGCCAGUGGGCAGCGGUUUAAUAGAUGCAUAUGCAGGCUGGCUGGGGACCGUUGGUGCUAAAUACAAAGUGGAUGGUGCAUUGUCAAAAGAUAUGCCUUCCAUUGAAGAAUCUUAUCAUCGGCUCGCUGCUGUCGCUGGCACAAGCACAUGUCAUCUUGUCCAGAGUCCGAAUGGAAUUUUCGUGCCCGGCGUAUGGGGUCCGUAUAAGGAUGCCGUUUUCCGUGGCUGGUGGAUGAACGAAGGUGGUCAAUCUUCCACCGGUCAACUCAUUGACUUCAUCCUAACAACGCACCCUGCCUAUUCCAAGCUCGUGGAGACCGCGAAAGCCAAACAGACGGACAUUCAUACAUUAUUGAAAGAUUUGUUAGAGGAGUUGCGCGUUCAGCAGAACGUCGACAGCUAUCAAGAUCUCACCAGAGAUUUACAUUACUACCCCGACUUUCAUGGCAAGUGUGGUUGCAACAGAUCACCAAUAGCCGACCCUCGAAUGCGAGGGUCCAUUGUAGGCCUUGACCUGGGCACUUCCAUCCAAGACCUCGCUCUGAAAUAUUACGCAGUGCUUACCGCGAUCGCGCUUCAAACACGACAUAUCAUCUCCACUCUAAACAAACACGGCCACUCCAUCACCUCUAUCUACAUGAGCGGCGGUCAGGCAAGAAACCUGACCCUCAUGCAGCUAUUUGCGGAUGUAUGCGAUAUGCCCGUCGUUCUUCCGUUCGACCAUGCAGGAGCCGUUGUUUUAGGAGCGGCGAUGCUGGGUAGAGUGGCAGAGGAGGCCUCUAAGGUCGGCGCCUCCGAAAUGGGAGAGAAAGAACAGCAGGAGUUGUUGUGGAAGAUCAUGGUCGAGAUGACCCCUCCGGGAACAAGGAUGCUGCCCUCUGCAGCACCAAGGGUGAAGAGGCUUCUGCAAGUUAAAUACGAUAUCUUCCUCGAAUCUAUUGAUAUCCAGAAAAGAUGGCGGAAAGCUAUCGCCGACGUCCAAUAG